GAAGAGAGGCGGGACGCGGGGUGAUAACAGCUGGCUCUGGUGGGCGGGCAGGAGCUGGGGAGGAGGAGCAGGAGAGGCCCACAGGCUUCAUUUGGAGCGGGGCCUGGCUGUUGCUCAGGUGACCAGCUUUUGUCUCUGGGAGGGUGCUGCUUUCCCCGGCCACCCGGCGCGAUGAUCCAGAAUGUCGGAAAUCACCUGCGACGGGGGUUGGCCUCUGUGUUCUCCAGUCGCACAUCCCGGAAGUCAGCCUCACGUGCAGGGAACGACAGUGCCAUGGCAGACGGCGAAGGAUACCGGAACCCCACGGAGGUGCAGAUGAGCCAGCUGGUACUGCCCUGCCACACCAACCAACGCGGCGAGCUGAGUGUCGGGCAGCUGCUCAAGUGGAUUGACACCACGGCCUGCCUGUCCGCGGAGAGGCACGCUGGCUGCCCCUGUGUCACAGCUUCCAUGGAUGACAUCUAUUUUGAGCACACCAUUAGUGUUGGACAAGUGGUGAAUAUCAAGGCCAAGGUGAACCGGGCCUUCAACUCCAGCAUGGAGGUGGGCAUCCAGGUGGCCUCGGAGGACCUGUGCUCUGAGAAGCAGUGGAAUGUGUGCAAGGCCUUGGCCACCUUCGUGGCCCACCGAGAGAUCACUAAGGUGAAGCUGAAGCAGAUCACGCCACGGACAGAGGAGGAGAAGAUGGAGCACAGUGUGGCGGCCGAGCGCCGGCGCAUGCGCCUUGUCUAUGCGGACACCAUCAAGGAUCUCCUGGCCAACUGCGCCAUUCAGGACGAUCUGGAGAGCAGAGACUGCAGCCACAUGGUGCCGGCCGAGAAGACUCGUGUGGAGAGCGUGGAGCUGGUCCUGCCUCCCCAUGCCAAUCACCAGGGCAACACCUUUGGGGGCCAGAUCAUGGCCUGGAUGGAGAAUGUGGCCACCAUUGCAGCCAGUCGGCUCUGCCGUGCCCACCCUACGCUGAAGGCCAUUGAGAUGUUCCACUUCCGAGGCCCGUCCCAGGUCGGCGACCGUCUGGUGCUCAAAGCCAUCGUGAACAAUGCCUUCAAACAUAGCAUGGAGGUGGGCGUAUGUGUGGAGGCCUAUCGCCAGCAGGCUGAGACCCACCGGCGCCACAUCAACAGUGCCUUUAUGACCUUUGUGGUCCUGGACGCAGAUGACCAGCCCCAGCUGCUGCCUUGGAUUCGGCCCCAGCCCGGGGAUGGCGAGCGGCGGUACCGAGAGGCCAGUGCCAGAAAGAAGAUCCGCCUAGACAGGAAGUACAUUGUGUCCUGUAAGCAGACAGAGGUGCCCCUCUCCGUCCCCUGGGACCCUAGCAACCAGGUAUACCUGAGCUACAAUAACGUCUCCUCCCUGAGGAUGCUCGUGGCCAAGGACAACUGGGUGCUGUCCUCGGAGAUCAAUCAGGUCCGCCUGUACACUCUGGAGGAUGACAAGUUCCUCUCCUUCCACAUGGAGAUGGUCGUGCAUGUGGAUGCAGCCCAGGCCUUCCUGCUGCUCUCGGACCUGCGUCGGAGGCCAGAGUGGGACAAGCACUACCGGAGCGUGGAGCUAGUGCAGCAGGUGGACGAGGACGAUGCCAUCUACCACGUCACCAGCCCUGCCCUUGGAGGUCACACAAAGCCACAGGACUUCGUGAUCCUGGCCUCGAGGCGGAAGCCUUGUGACAAUGGGGACCCCUAUGUCAUCGCGCUGAGGUCGGUCACGCUGCCCACACACCGAGAGACGCCAGAGUACAGACGCGGAGAGACCCUCUGCUCAGGCUUCUGCUUCUGGCGCGAGGGGGACCAGCUGACCAAGGUGUCCUACUACAACCAGGCUACCCCAGGUGUUCUCAACUAUGUGACUACCAAUGUGGCCGGCCUCUCCUCUGAGUUCUACACCACCUUCAAGGCUUGCGAGCAGUUUCUCUUGGACAACCGGAAUGAUCUGGCCCCCAGCCUCCAGACCCUCUAGAUGCCCUCAGUGGCCACAUCAUGCCCACUCCCACUCCAUCCUGCCCCCAAGGACUCACAUACAGUGCCUGGAGAAAGCCAAAGGCCUUUAUUUCUUCCUGCCUCCCCGUGGGAAGCCUCCGCCCUGGAGCCCGCUGGGCCACCACCCCGGGGUGCUCAGUUUCUGCCAACAUCGGCCAGCAAGUCCUUGCGGUGCCCCUGGGGCAGCCUGUAGUAGACUCGGGUCCUAUCCACAGCCCUGGCUGCCAGCAGCGCUGUCCUCACAGAGGCAUAGUCGCCCCCCUCUGGGCUGUGCUCCACUGUGACGGUGGCCCGGGGGGAGGAUGCCAGCAGCCUGGCUAUGGCUCCAGCUGUGCUGUGGCCCAGCAGUAUGGCCUGCAUCUGGAAGGACACAGGUUGCCAAAGCCCCUGGCACAGCUCUAGCAUAUCUGUGAGCAGAUGUUCUCUGUAGCCACUGCCCAGCACCUCCUCAGGCCAGCCUGGUGCCACAGUCACAUGGGGGAAGACCUCAGCCACAGCUGUAAGCAGCUCUCUGCCAGCCACAUGGCCAGGGACCGAAAAACUCCCGUGGGAGAUUUUGGCCCCAACCCACACAGGCCAAUGCAAGAGGCCAAGGCUGGAGAGGUGUGCCAGCAAGGCCAGGGACGGCCGGAGGGCUGUGGGCUCUGCUAUUUGCAAAUGGAUGCCCCAGUGUCCGGGACGUGUGGCCAGCUGUUGCAGGCAGGACUCCAGCGUCAGGAUGCUGCCACUUGGAGCAUGAACAAUGGGCACGGGGUUUUCAGCCACAGUUCCCUCGAGGCCAGUGUUCAGCAGGAUCAUGCCUUCUGUGUCUGGAAGAGGCGGCAGGGGCAACAGGGUUUAGGAUUUGGGUUAUCAUAGGUUUUAGAGUCCCUUGUUAAAGGGGCAGUGGGAGUUAUGGAGUCAUCAAGGAUCUUGCCUUUCUGGAAUCUGUCAACCCAUUUUUGGGCUCCAGGUGGAUGGGUUGCUUUAUAAAUGUGCCUGGUGCGUGAGAAACUCUUGCUUCAGCUCUUGGCCUUUACCCAUGACUCAGUCUGGGGGCUGGUGCCGGCCUUGCCCGUAGCACUGUGGCUGAGGACUGGUCUGAAGGCCAGGAGCCCUGUGCUCUUGACAUCACUGUAGUCCCUCGCCCUCUCCCGCAACCCUGCCCCACCUUGCAUCCAGGGUAUGGUGUAAAUAAACCCGUGUUGUCAUGGCAA